AUGGGCUUCGGCGACUUCACUUCGAUAUGCGAGAAGACUCCCAUCCCGCUAUGUCCUCUCAUAGGACCCAACUCGCCCAUUACGGGCUCGCACUUUGUCCAGUCCAACUGCUAUGCGCGCUCGAUCGAGGUUGCCAAUACCAUCAUCUUCCAAGGCGCGACCGGUUUCGCGCACAUCCUGUCCUUGAUCAUGUUGGUGAUUAUGAUCCUCCAUGUGCGAAGUAAAUUCACAGCGGUCGGGCGCAAGGAGAUCACGUCCUUUUUCUACAUAUACACCCUCCUCACGAUGUGCUCGCUCGUAAUCGACUGCGGUGUCGUCCCACCCGCCAGCGGCGCCUAUCCCUACUUCGUCGCGGUGCAGUGCGGCCUCGUCUCUGCAGUUUGCAUCUGCCUCAUGAUCAACGGCUUCGUCGGAUUCCAACUGUAUGAGGACGGAACAACGCUUUCAGUCUGGCUGGUGCGAAGCUGCAGUGUGGUCAUGUUCUUGAUCUCAUUCGCUGUGGCACUGUUGACCUUCAAGAACUGGGGUGGGCUGGGACCAGAGAAUACUAUUGGUUUGUUCGUGGUGGUGUACAUCUUCAGCGCCAUCUUCUUGUUUGUCUACGUGGUCAUGCAGGUCAUCCUCGUCUUGGGCACGCUGCAAGAGAGAUGGCCGCUCUGGCAUAUCACGUUCGGAGUCGCUGCGUUUGUGAUUGGACAAGUGCUACUCUAUGCUUUUAGCGAGACCAUCUGCGACAACGUUCAGCACUACUUGGACGGCCUAUUCUUUGCAACGCUACUGAAUCUGCUGGCUGUGAUGAUGGUGUACAAGUACUGGGAUUCCAUCACCAAAGAAGAUCUGGAGUUCUCUGUUGGCCAAAAACAGAACAACUGGGAAGUGAAGGACCAAAACCCUUACGAGGACAUCGACAAGCGAGGGACAUACUACCAGGAGAGCGACCAUGGCAGCACUGCACAUUUCGUCCAGCCAGGCCACAGGAACUCUGGAUACGGUUACUGA